AUGAUCAAAGAUGCAAAACUCAUCAGUAAGCUCAUGGUGAUGAUGAUCACGACGACGUCGUUUAUGAUGGUAAGAGCAGAUUCAUCGCACAACUAUGGAGAUGCAUUAACGAAGAGUAUUUUGUUCUUUGAAGGCCAAAGGUCAGGCAAGUUGCCACCUUCUCAGCGUAUGACCUGGCGAAAAGACUCUGCUCUUAAUGAUGGCUCCGAUGCUCAUCUUGACAUGGUUGGAGGGUACUAUGAUGCCGGAGACAACGUUAAGUUUCAUUUUCCGAUGGCAUUCUCAACGACGAUGCUAGCUUGGGGAGUCUUAGAAUUCGGAAACUCCAUGGAAUCAGAUCUUCAAAAUGCUUUGGAAGCAAUCAGAUGGGGAAGUGACUACUUCGUGAAAGCCACACGAAUUCGUAAUCUCGUUGUGGCUCAAAUUGGAGAACCCUAUGGUGAUCAUGAUUGUUGGGAGAGACCCGAAGACAUGGACACUCCCAGAAACACUUAUGUUCUCACUCCAAACAAGCCUGGUUCAGAGCUUUCUGCAGAAAUUGCUGCUGCUCUUGCUGCUUCUUCCAUGGCGUUUGGGGCUUCUGAUCCUCAAUAUUCUAAACUGCUUCUUAGCCAUGCCAUACGGGCAUUUGACUUUGCAAAUAACAAUCGUGGAUCUUACAACGACAGUGUAGGUAGUGCAGCAUGCCCUUUUUACUGUGAUUUCAGUGGCUACAUGGAUGAGUUGCUUUGGGGAGCAGCAUGGUUGUACAAGGCAACCAAAAAGAGGAAAUAUUGGAACUUUGUGAAAGAAAACAUAGGAAGCAUAGAAAGCGCCAAUGUGAUUAGGAAUAUCAAAGGAGUUUCAGUUCUAAUGAGUGGUGGAGGCUUUACUGAAUUUGGAUGGGACUGCAAGAAUGCUGGAAUUAAUGUUCUUGUUUCAGAGUGGGUAAUGACCGAUCCUUCCCAUGCCAGUCCCUUUAUUCCGAAUGCAGACAAUUUUGUGUGCUCUGUAUUGCCCAAUUCUCCAACCAAGUCAGUCUUUUACUCUAAAGGUGGGCUUAUGUUCAAACCUGGAUCAAGCAAUCUUCAACAUGUGACAUCAAUAUCUUUCCUUCUAAUUGUGUAUGCACGGCACAUGCAAGCUGCUAAAAAAGUAGUCAACUGUGGAGGUGUUACUGCUGACCCAAAUACACUCAUCAAUCUAGCCAAAUCCCAGGUUGAUUAUAUUCUAGGAAGCAACCCAUUAGGGAUGUCAUACAUGGUGGGAUAUGGCAACAAGUUUCCACAAAAGAUCCACCACCGUGGUUCAACCUUGCCUUCAUUAGACCAACAUCCACAGCAGAUUAAGUGUCGUGACGGAGAUCAAUACUUCCAAACCAAUGCACCGAACCCUAACGUCCUUGUCGGCGCCGUCAUCGGAGGUCCCGCAGAAGAUGACGCUUUUGAAGACUCAAGAUAUAACGUUGGUCAGUCUGAGCCGACUACGUACCUUAAUGCUCCUUUUGUGGGUCUAGUUGCUUACUUCAAAUCACCUCAAGCUUCUUCUGGCUUUGUUAAAUUUGAUUGGCUUUAG